AUAAAACCCUAAAGGCCUCUUGUAAGAACAAAUCCUCAUAGAAUCAAUCCCUGCCGUCACUUCAUCAAUCCAACGGUCAAGAUCAGGCCAUCUCUCGUGCUUAUCAUUCAUCUCUUUCAUCAGUUCACUCUCCCCUCCCUUUCUGUGUCUUUGUUCUUGUCUCCGUCUCUCUCUAACAGCAUGGCUAAAGCCACCCUUAUUUGAUCAUCUGCAACGCUCUUCACUGUCAAUCUGAUCUCUGUAUUUAUUACCAAAUGUACACUCUUUAGCACAAUAUCAACACCUUAACACACAAUCAAGGACUUUUCAUUUUUCUUUAAUUCUUUUUUUUUUUGGGUUCGAGGGGUUGUUGGUUUUGAUCGGCAAAAACAACUUAUUUGAACCUAAAAAACAAGCCCCAGUUCAAUUUUAGCCAUAUUUAGCUUAAAUUUAGUUAGAAGUUUCAAUCUUUACGCACAUAUCUAAUGAUCACAGACACGUAUUCAAAGAUUUUGCCUGAUAUAUCGAUGCGAUCAAUGCUCAAAAAUGAAGAUUUGGGCAAACUGAUUAGAGAGCAAAGGCUACAACAAGAGGCAGCGAGUGACAGAGAGAAGGAGCUCAAUAUUUAUCGGAGCGGGUCUGCCCCGCCUACUGUAGAAGGGUCUUUAAGCUCGAUUGGGGGCUUGUUUGAUGCUACUGCGUUACCUGGUAUCAAGAAGAGCAACAAAGGCGGGUUCUUGAGCGAGGAGGAGAUAAGGUCUGAUCCAGCGUAUGUUAAUUAUUACUACUCUAACGUGAACUUGAAUCCAAGACUGCCGCCUCCUUUGUUAUCAAAGGAGGAUUGGAGGUAUACUCAGAGAUUACAUGGCGGUGGGGUUAAUUCUGUGGUUGGGGAUGGAAGGAAGGGAAGUAGAGGUGGCGAUAAUGAAGGGAACAGGUCUCUUUUCGCAGUGCAGCCAGGUUUUGGAGAAAAGACGGAGGAGAAUGGGAAUGGGACUGGUGGAGGAGUGGAGUGGGGAGGAGAUGGACUGAUUGGGUUGCCGGGUUUGGGCCUAGGAAGCAGGCAAAAGAGCAUUGCAGAAAUCAUUCAGGAUGAUAUGGAUCAUGCAUAUCCCAUCUCAAGGCAUCCCUCACGUCCAGCUAGUCGCAAUGCAUAUGAUGAUAAUGUAGAAACUUCUGAAUCCCAAUUUGCUCAGCUUCAUGAUUUAGCAUCUGCUGAAGCUUUGCGAUCUGUUUCAAAUAAACAGGGGAUUCCUGUGGUCCCAAAUGUUGGUGCAACAGCUCAUCAUAGCUAUGCUUCUGCUUUAGGUGCUUCCUUGUCACGAAGCUCUACACCUGAUCCUCAACUUGUAGCUAGAGCUCCUAGUCCUCGCAUUCCACCCAUUGGAGGGGGUAGGGUCAAUUCUAUGGAUAAAAGAGAAGUGAGUGGGCCAAACUCAUUUAAAGGUGUCUCAUCAAGCUUGGAUGAGUCUGCUGAGUUCGUGGCUGCUUUGUCUGGGUUGAAUCUAUCACCUGUUGAUGUAGAGAAUCACUCACGGUCACAAAGCGAACAUAACAUUGAUGAUCACCAUGAUCUCUACAAUUUGCAUGGCGACCAGAACCAUGUAAAGCAACAGUCUUUUUUGAAUAAGUCUAAUUCAUAUGCUAACUCCUUAAAAGGCCCUUCAACACCAGCUUUCAAUGGCCGAGGAGGCUCUCCUUCUGACCUCCAGAGCGCCGAUAACAUGAAUUCUCCAUUUUCAAGCUAUGGCUUGAGUGGGUAUUCUGUGAAUCCUUCAUCACCAUCCAUGAUGGGAAGCCACCUUGGCAGUGGGAGCUUGCUACCUUUAUUUGAAAAUGUUGCUGCUGCAUCUGCAGUGGGAGGAACUGGAUUGGAUUCUAGAGCGCUGAGCGCUUUAGGGCCAAACUUUAUGGCUACAACAGCAGAAUUACAGAAUCUUAGUAGAGUUGGAAAUCGGAGCGCAGGUAAUGCUCUGCAGAUGCCCUUAAUGGAUCCAUUAUAUCUUCAGUACCUGAGAUCAAAUGAGUAUGCUGCUGCACAGCUUGGGGCACUUAAUGAACCUUGUAUAGACAGGGAGUACCUUGGUAAUUCAUACCUGGAUCUGCUCCAAAAAGCUUACUUAGGAACAUUGCUUUCACCUCAAAAAUCACCGUACGGUGUUCCCUAUCUUGGUAAAUCUGGCAGCUUGAAUCAGAAUUACUAUGGUAAUCCAGCAUUUGGUCUUGGCAUGUCCUAUUCUGGGAGCCCAAUAGGGGGUCCCCUUCUUCCAAAUUCUCCUAUUGGAUCUGGCAGUCCUGUUAGGCACAGUGAACGAAACAUGCGUUUUACUACUGGAAUGAGGAAUCUGUCAGGGGGUGUUAUGGGAUCUUGGCACUCAGAAUCUGGUGGUAACCUGGAUGAAAGUUUUCCUUCCUCAUUGCUAGAUGAGUUCAAAAGCAGUAAAACUAAAUGUUUUGAGCUCUCGGAAAUUACAGGUCAUGUUGUUGAGUUCAGUGCCGAUCAGUACGGAAGUCGAUUCAUUCAACAGAAACUUGAAACUGCUACAACAGAAGAGAAAAACAUGGUUUUCAAUGAAAUUAUGCCGCAAGCUCUUUCAUUAAUGACAGAUGUUUUCGGUAAUUAUGUGAUUCAAAAGUUUUUUGAGCAUGGAUCUGCAUCCCAAAUAAGAGAACUGGCUGACCAACUAACUGGGCAUGUCCUGACACUUAGCCUUCAAAUGUAUGGUUGUCGAGUGAUCCAAAAGGCUAUAGAAGUGGUUGAGCUGGACCAGCAGACAAAAAUGGUGACAGAGCUUGACGGUCAUAUUAUGCGGUGUGUACGAGAUCAGAAUGGGAACCAUGUCAUCCAGAAGUGUAUUGAAUGUGUACCUGAAGAUGCUAUACAGUUUAUUGUUUCAACAUUUUAUGAUCAAGUCGUGACACUGUCCACUCAUCCAUAUGGUUGUCGAGUCAUACAGAGAGUCCUGGAGCACUGCCAUAAUACAAAAACCCAGCAUAUAAUGAUGCAUGAGAUUUUGCAAUCUGUUUGCAUGUUGGCACAAGACCAGUAUGGAAAUUAUGUUGUACAGCAUGUGCUAGAGCAUGGGAAACCUCACGAACGUUCAGCAAUAAUAAAGAAAUUAACUGGGCAGAUAGUUCAAAUGAGCCAGCAGAAGUUUGCCUCCAAUGUUAUAGAGAAGUGUUUAACGUUUGGUACUCCUGCAGAAUGCCAGGCCCUGGUGAAUGAGAUGCUUGGUACCACUGAUGAAAAUGAGCCUCUUCAGGUCAUGAUGAAAGAUCAGUUCGCUAAUUACGUUGUACAGAAAGUGCUGGAAACUUGUGAUGACCAGCAACUUGAACUAAUCCUUAAUCGAAUAAAGGUUCACUUAAAUGCUCUGAAGAAGUAUACUUACGGGAAGCAUAUAGUUGCGCGUGUAGAGAAACUUGUUGCAGCUGGAGAGAGGAGGAUUAGUGUCCUUACCCUGAAUCCUGCUGCUUAGAUGGCAUAGGAGAAGUUGUACAGCUAACUGAGGAUAGUAUGAGCGCCUCUAGCUUUCUUCUUUCUUUUCAUAUCUAGUAAUGGCUCUGUCUAUUUAUUUGGAUAGAUGGGAGCUUAACGAAAAUAAAAUUGUCAGUUGUACUUAAAACUGUACAUUGUUUGAAGAUAUACCUAGAUCAGGCUAGCCGAGGCUCAGAUGGUGAAACAUACUGAUGCCCUCGCAAGAGGAGAUAAAAUUUACUGUACAAGUUUUAAGGGUGUAAAAAGGGAGGAAGUAGUGGAUUUGUGAUCGUGACUGUACAAAAUAUUACCAGGUAGAGAUGGCCUGUGUUUAGGAGUCUGGAAUUUUUCUCAUGUAUGGAUCGUUUGUUCUCCUUUAUUUAAAGAACUUUUCCCCACGUUA